AUGUCGCACGCACCCGUUCGCUCGCCCUACCGCCCGCUCGUCGGGCCAGGAAAUAUCAAGGGCGUAGAUCGCCGAUACCCGUUCUUCAACGGUGGUGGACGCGAUCCCGCCACUCUUCACUCCGGCAUCGAGCAUCGGAUGCCCUUUUGCCUUCACGGCUGGGACGCGCAGUCGCGUCAGCCUGACUACAUGAAGAACACGGAGCGCACGCUUUUUGGCUGCCGUGGCUACGUUAAAGAUCACGAGAUGGCGGACGAGUGGGACUGUGGAUAUUUGGAAGAAGGAAUCGUCGACGUUGGUGUACAAUCUGUACAAAUCACCAAUCCGUUCUGGGAUGGUGGUUUGUGGCCUCCCCCGGACUUUAAACAAUGGUAUUACCGGAGGAGCAAAGUCAUGGCCACACCGAAGUCUUCUGUAUCCUCCUCGAACAAGGCGUCUUCGUCGUCCACUGGCACCUCAUACCCCUCGCCCCAAUCCAGCCCGUCUCGUGCUCGCUAG